AUGCGGCUGACGGCGGAUGUGAUUCUGCGCGCGCAGGUGUCCAUCAACCCGCUGCGCGAGCGCGAGCUGAGCCUCCGAGGUUGCAAGGCCCCCGCCGUCGAGAACUUGGGCGUCACUCAGGAUGGUUUUGACUGUAUCGACCUCUCGGACAACGAGAUCAAGAAGCUCGAGAACUUCCCGCGGCUGCGUCGCCUGCGCAUGCUGCUGCUGCACAACAACCACGUGUCUAAGAUCCAGGAGAACCUGGCGGACGCCAUCGCCAACCUGGAGUUCCUCAUGCUCACGGGCAACCGCAUCGCGCACUUGUCGGAGGUGGACCACCUCGCCUGCUUCGCCAAGCUGGACACGCUCUCGCUCAGCGGGAACCCCGUGACCAAGCGCAAGUACUACCGCGAGUACGUUAUCUACAAGCUGCCGCAGCUGCACGUCCUCGACUUCCAGCGUAUCCGCCCUCGUGACCGCGAAGCUGCUAACGCGUUUUUCAACUCGGUGGUGGGCCAGAGAGCGCUGAAGGAGGCUCAUGGAGAAAGUGUGGGUGACUCAACACAGGCGAUGAAGAAGGUUUCGAUCACACAGCAACAGGCGACACCUGCAGUGAACGCGGUGCCUCCGUCUCCCCCUCCGCGUGCCCCUGUGUCGCCUAAGAAGGAGACGCCUGUCAAAGCUGAGUCGCCAAAGAAGCUUGCGCAGGACGAACCGAUGGAGGAAGCUCCAGAACCGAAGAAGGAGUCGGCUGCAGAUGUGGAGAUGGAGGAGGCGAGCGAAGAGCAGGCAACCGUAUCAUACACGCCGCCGAAGCCGAUUGAUAAGAUGACUGUGACUGUCCUGCGAGAGGAACUGAAGAAGCUUGGUCUGUCCAUCAAGGGCUUGAAGGCCGAGUUGGUGGAGCGUUUGAAGGAGGCCGCUGGAGAAGCAUGA